AUGUUGGGUAGGAAAGCUGGAGUUGGUGCUUUACUUCUAAACCAUUUUCCUGACCUUAUUGUGUGGCAUUGUUGCAAUCACCGGUUAGAACUUGCCGUAAGCGACACACUGAAAGAAGUAAAUGGUGUCAACCAUUUCCAAUGUUUUUUUGAAAAAUUAUAUUCUCUUUAUCACCAGUCUCCGAAGAAUAUGAGAGAACUUAAUGAAUGUGCAGAAUCAUUAGAACAAAGGAUUUUAAAGAUAGGAAAAAUAUUUACUAUUCGAUGGGUAGCAUCUAGUUAUAGAACGGUUCGUGCUGUAUGGAAUAAUUUUGCUGUCCUACAUAAACAUUUUCUUGAAGCUUCUUUGGAUAAUACAAGAGACACAAAAGAAAGAUCAAAGUAUGCAGGUUUAAAUAAAAUGUUAACGUCCAAUGAUUUUAUACUGAAUCUAGGAAUAUUACUUGAUGCUUUACAUGAGUUGUCUGAUUUAUCAUGUCAACUACAAAACCGAGAUUUGAGUUUGACUUCAGCGCAUACUGUAAUUGAGAGAACAAUUCGUGUUAUUGAAAGCAUGGUUGAAACGGCGGGACCAAAACUUAAAGAAGUAAAUUUAGCGUCUCAGGAAAUGAGUUUUAAAGGAGUAAAACUUACAUUUCACAAAAGCGUUCAAAAAAUCAAUUCUUCUCAAUUUUUUAGAAGUCUUUCAAACAAUCUUAAAUCAAGAUUAUUCACUACACAGUCAUCAAAUUCUUCUAAUAAUGCUUCUUCUAAAUUUCAAGAAGAGUAUGACCAAUUAUUGUCUGACUUAGAUAUUUUUGUUCCCAAAAAUUGGCCCGAUAACUUCAAUAUACAAUAUGGUGAUGAUUGUAUACGCCGAUUGUCUAAAAAAUUUAAAGUUGAUGAGAUCACUUCAGUAAGAGGCUUCCGUCAAUUCAAAGACACAAAAGAAGAUAAUGUUGAAGAUCUUAAACUACUAACUACUGCAAUUAAGUGUAUAGCAAUUUCAUCUUCUGAAUGUGAGCGUUCAUUCAGUUCGAUGAAUGAAAUUGUAUCCCCUAAAAGAAAUUCUUUGGGAUCAGUACAUAUUUCAUCAUUAGUGUUUAUAAAUUGUGUUGGUCCGCCAAUUGACAAGAUUAACACAACAAAAUGGAUUGAAUCGUGGGUGAAGAAAGGCAAACGAACAGCUGAAGAAGAAAAUUGUCCUAAAAGGAUCAAAAUUACUGAAGAAAAUGCAUACAAGUCAUUGUGGAAUUUAAUUAAAGAAUAA